AUGGCGUCGGUGGAGUUAAUGAUGAAAAGGGUUUUGCUUCGUCGUCCAUUUUUGUUUAAGGCCAAGGGAGGGGGUUUUAGGCAUGGAAUUGGUGGUGGUCUGGGUGGUGGUUUUGGUGGUGGUGGAGGUUUAGGUGGAGGAGGAGGCCUAGGUGGUGGUGGUGGCUUUGGUGGUGGAGGUGGCCUUGGGGGAGGCGGAGGCCUAGGUGGCGGUGGUGGUGCAGGAGGAGGAUUAGGUGGUGGAGGUGGUCUUGGUGGGGGUGCAGGAGGUGGAUUGGGUGGUGGCCAUGGGCUUGGUGGAGGUGCAGGAGGUGGAUUAGGUGGGGCUGGAGGGCUUGGUGGUGGACAUGGACUUGGUGGAGGUGCAGGAGGUGGGCUAGGAGGUGGCGGGGGAUUGGGUGGUGGACAUGGACUUGGUGGAGGUGCAGGAGGUGGACUAGGAGGUGGCGGGGGAUUGGGUAGUGGCCAUGGACUUGGUGGAGGUGCAGGAGGUGGACUAGGAGGUGGUGGAGGACUAGGUGGUGGCCAUGGGCUUGGUGGAGGUGCUGGAGGUGGAUUGGGAGGUGGUGGAGGACUUGGUGGUGGCCACGGGCUUGGUGGAGGUGCAGGAGGUGGAUUGGGUGGUGGUGGAGGACUUGGUGGUGGCCACGGGCUUGGUGGAGGUGCAGGAGGUGGAUUGGGUGGUGGUGGAGGACUUGGUGGAGGUGCAGGAGGUGGAGGCGGAUUAGGUGGUGGAGCUGGUGGCGGUUUGGGAGGUGGUGCAGGUGUUGGUGGAGGCCUCGGUGGUGGUGCUGGAGGUGGAGGAGGAUUUGGGGGUGGUGGUGGAGUGGGUGGAGGAUUUGGAGGUGGCUUUGGUGCUGGUGGAGGUGGGGGCGUUGGACUUGACGGCGGAUCUGGUGCUGAUGGUGGACACUAA